ACUUUAAAAAGCAGAAUCGCAGCUCUCGUCGUCAUGAGUAACGCCAGCGCAGGCAAUACCCAAUCUCGGCAGAACGAAACGACAGGCAUUAAAGAAAGCUUCUUCGGGCCACCGUUAUCGCAAGCUCAGCUAGCUCAGCUAGAUCAAGCGCAGAUCAAGCCUUUUCUAAAGGCUCCGCGCAGCCAGGACGUUUCUUUCAUAGCAAGGAAGAUACCCUUCGAGGAGAGGGCAAAUCCUACUAUUCACGAGGGUCACCCGGACUUCGAUAGCGCGUUGAAAUACUUCUCGUUUCUGCUUAAAUCUACGCAGCUCACUCUCCAGGAAAUCCUUGAGAGGACAUUCUCACCUCACGAGAUCCGUCUUCUCGAAGCGGCCGUAGCCCCGUCGCCGCUAGCCAGUCUGCAGAGGGACAACAUCAUCCGUUAUCAACGUAUUCUAGAAACGCGCUUUAAAGGGCAAACGCCUUCGCUUGAGCUUACGCUUACUCUUCUAUUCUUCGGAUUUCCCGUCGCGCCCAUGAAGCCUGGCAUUCCAGACGUGGACGUUGCAAAGGACAUUGACUUCGGGGAGCACAAACUUGCCCUGAGUAGCGACCCUCUCGAGUUCCUAGAUGAUUAUUCCCAGAGGUCGUACGGCGAUCCUAGCGAACGUGUCAACGAUCCGUACUUCCCUCAACUCUGUGACACUCAGGAGUUCCCGUCUAUGAGUCUCCGCGGCGGCGCUUUACCUACUAACAUGGAGUGGGAAACCGACGAUGCCCCAAGGGCGCCCCAACAGCCAGGUAGACCUAUGCGAGUUUAUGGAUACCAAGGAUCGGUUUUGGCCGACCCAAACCAGCCUCUAUACUCACGUCUCGUCGAGGCUACGGACCAGGUCUUAAGUGCGGCCGAAGGAGUCGACUACGCCAUCCGCCUCGAGGUCUGGGACUUAAGCGAUGUUGCAUCGGCGCAUGUCGUUGGCGAAGCCACAGGCAUGAUCCGCCACACCAGCGCGGAACCGUCCAGUUCUGACGACAUAUACGCGUUACUUCAACAAUGGUUCGGCGAUAACAACUUAGACGGAGAAUAUAGCUGCUUCGUGUGUUUCGAUAAAGAGGAGACCCCUGAAUCUUGUCAGCCGUUCUACGAAAUAGAGAGAUAUCUAGUUCGCGUGUGGGAUGCCAGUAACGAGAGGAUGGUGUAUAUGAAAGUUCCAGAAAAUCUUCAGUCAACUCACAAGCCGAACCAGUUUCACGGUGAAUAUCUUCGCGCCAUGCGAGCCCUUUUUCCUAAAGUUCCUCACGGCUAUCUCCAAUUCGCCGAUGGCGGGCCAAUUACGUACGGACUAUUCGACCCUCCCCCUGAGACCUGGACACAGAUAAUCAACGAUCAGGCUAGGGGCGGCGAGCUACCUCUUCUGAGUUUCAGCCUCUUUCCCAUACCGCGCGACCAGGUUGCCGUUUGGGUACCUGGUAGCUUCGCUUACGACAACGACUUUUCGCCUCAGAAGGGGACGAGGCCUAGGCAAUCGGGAACCGUCCACCAGGAUACCCUCAAGCUUACCGGAACAAACGAGGAUCGUCUCAAUAUCGAGAGAAUACUCGGUGAAGUAGAAGCGAGUAAUCCGUGGAUGAAAUCCAUAAACUUCGCCGGCCUCGAUCUCUGGAUCCCGGGAGAAGAUUACUGGGAGACUAUUAUCCAACCUGGCCGGGUGUCGUUUGGCCCAGGAGGGGUCACGGCGCAGGCGCUCCUUGAAUGGCGUGAUAUCUUGAGCGGAUUCCUAAGGUCGAGAAUUCACGGCACAAACACGACGUCGAACAUCGUAGCUCGUCCUGUUUACUCAUCUUACAGCUUCCAUGCUAAGGACUCUAGAGAUCGCCUGUUUUCGAUGCCCGCGAUCGACAGCGAAGGAUCCUUCGCGGAAUUCAAAGAAGCUGUCAAGUCCACCCUUUACCCCGAUUAUUCAGACACCCAAAAGGAGUUAGUUCUGCAUUUAACCCAGACAACUUGGGGACGGAACAACAUAGACUUCGUUGUCGGAUCCGAUACGGACGAGGAUGGGUGGAAUUGGAUCGUAAGAAGAAUCACGGAACCGAAUAUUACGGUGUCUCUUGAAGUCUGGACAAGUGGCUGGUCCGUGGAACAGAAAACUACGUGGGGACCACGCUACGACUGCGGAACUCCAAACUAUGUGGUUUCGUCGCAAAUCGAGGUACCGUCGCGACGAAGACCGUUUUCCAAAACCAUGGAUAGGAUCUUCAAGGAUACUGUUAACAACGAAUCGGGCGCCGAGAGGGCCAAAAGACUGCGAGAGAGGUUCUUUUGGGACGCUCCUAGCGUCUUCACCAACCCGGCCAAACCUGUGGUUCCAACCCAGGGCGCCCCUCUCGAAACCGUCGUCAGGACCGGGCCUUACGUGCCGGGGUACACUACCGCGAUGCGGACUCCUGGCGAGAUGGCGCGGCUCGAAAGAGAAACCCAUACGCUACGGGGUAAUCUGCUAGACAGGAUCAGAGAGUGCCCUUACGCCGACUGCCACAGGUACUUUCCGUUCAGGGACCGCGAGGGUCUCUCUCGACACUUGACAGAAGACCACGCGACCUUGAAGUGCUUCCUGUGCGACCGAGAAAGCACUCUCCUCCCGUACUAUGACCAGAAUUCGAUCAGGCGACACUUUAUUGAUGUGCAUCAACGGGAAAUCGGAGAAGCCACGGGCCACCCCGUAAGCACUGGGAAGUCUCACGUCCCCUUGUCCGGUCCUCCUCAGCCUGCUCAGCCUACUCAGCCCACUCAGCCUGCACCUGCGUUCCCCAAGCAGGCGGCUCCCACACCUAAAGGUCCCAAAUUUACUCAAGCCGAGUCCAAGGGCACUCAGUUUGACGGUUCUGAACCUAAGCAAUCCGCUCGGAGCGCUAGUCGCGGUCGAAAGAGUCAUCGAGACGAGGUUAUACUGGAUUGGGAAGAACCUCCCGUGACCCAGACUGACUUCAAGAUAUAUCCUCCGAUACCGCGCUGGAGAGAGGCGGAUGAGGACGACGAAAUCCCACCCCGCCGAGUACCUUCUCCCGAGUGGGACCUCAUACUCGAGAAGGAGACGGAGGGCCCCUUUUCGUUCCAGCCGGAUCCGGAAUGGAGAUGUUCGCGAUGCUUUAUGCCAGCAGGCCACGGCCUAGAAAUGGCCGAGUUGCAUAUGGCCGAGGAGGGAUCUUGCAAGAUUCGUCGCGGCCUAGGCACCACGGAUGUCAGCAAGCUACCCAACCGUAGCGGCUGGAUCGUCCCGAGCGAAAAUUACGACUUCGGUAAGGCGUUCUUCGAUUUCAUAGAGAAGUACCCGGGUUACAGGCACUCCAUGUUCCCGGUGCGCGAUGAGAUGAUCCAGGUUACCUACGACCCGGCCUAUAAUCAGGUUUUCUCAGCGGGGUCUAUGAGAGACGACCCGAACCAUCCAGCGAACACUAUCUGGACCGGCGUUCUGGCACUGCCGUGGCCGCCAUACGAGGGCACCGUGAUACCGUUAGACGACCCGCAAGGCGAUGGGCCGGACAGUUUGUUCGACGAACCGUCUUACGUUCCCGGCCCUUCGUAUAAUCGUACUCCACUACCCGUGAAAGACAUCACUUUCGACGAUCAAAAUGCGGAUCCGAUGAAUGUCGAAGAGCCCGCAGAGCCCGAAGCGCCUGAAGACGCACCAGCCGACCCCAAUUACCCCCCCGUCGAUCCUCCCGCAGGGAACCAGGGCGCCGGCCUCCUCCCGCCCGACCCGUUCUACACCGGCCCGAAGAAGGGCGACCCUGGGGACAGCAGCGACUUGUCCGACGACUCUCAAGGAAACCCUCCAAAUGCGGGGGGUACCGAAGAAAGCUCCGACGACCCGUGGAGCAUCCCUCGGGCGGAUGCCUGGGUCCCCCCCGUAAAGCAACCGGUCCGCACCCCCCGCGCGCGCGGAAAGACGCCAGCCCAAACCAACGUUCCCGUGAAGGUCGAACAAGCUCCAGCCCUCCCGCCGGGUAACCGCCGGAGACGAGACGACCUCUCCGAACCGGACACCGAAAGCGGCGCAGUCCCAGCCCUCCCGUCGGGUAGCCGCAGAAGGCGAGACGACCUCUCCGAGCCCGACACCGAAGGCGUGUCAGGCACAGAAUACGUACCCACCGCCGCGGACGACGACGACGAAAUCGAGCCGGACCUCGGCGGCUCGCGGAAGCGCAAGCGACCUAACAAGGAUGCGGACCCGACGUUCACGCAGGUAGGCGCGGGAGACGAGGACCUCGUGCCGGAGGAAUUCUCCGAGGCGAGCGCCGUGCCCGACCCCGUGCGCAACUUAGCCGCGGACGCGCCGCGCACGCCGAAGAAGCCGAGGAGAGGCCGCGGUAGGCCUAAGUCGAAUACUAGGAAACAGUCUAGACCGCGCGGCAGCAGCGGGAAGGCGGCGGUCCAGCAGCAGCAGCAGCAAGUACAAGUAGAAGAAGAAACACCGGAUAUGCCGGCACCGCCUGUCGCGGGGCCGACGGCUGAGAACCGUCCUUUCGUGGAGCUGCCGCCGGACUGGGAGGCCGCAAGGAGGAUUGUUACCGAGUCGGGGCGCGGAACGCGGCCGCCUAGGCGUUUCGGGUUCCGGCGACGGAGCUCUUCUGGUGAGCCGGAGGCGGCGCCCGCUGCUGAGGAGAGUCCUAGGAGGAGUAGUCGGACGAGACGGGGUACGGGGCCGGUUUAGAAGAUUGGGUACCUAGGUGGAGUUCGUUGGGGAAGAAGAGGCGGUGGAUAGAUAGAGAAGAUUAGAUGGGAAAACAUGCUUGAGUUAGUUUUGCAGGUGCCGUAGAGUAAAAGGGGGGGGAGAGACCAGGUCGGGGAUGUAUUCGAUCUUUACAGUUUGUAUUUCUUUUUGUUCGUCUUUUUGGCGCAUGGAGGACACUUAGCCUACCUAAUUCUAGAUAGCUAGGUACCUAUCUUUUAAUGUCUUGCUCGGGUUGUAGAUCGUCUCAGGCGACAUGUAUAUUAAUGGAUGUGUUUUCACUUGGGAUGUCGUUUUCAGUGCUAUUAACGUAGAUGUCACUCGAGCUUUUCUGUACCUAUUCAUAAGAUCAUCAACAGGGGCUUUACCAGAUUCCUUUUCCUUGACUACCUAUCUACCUACCCUGUCCGGGUUGUCAUGAACUUGGUUAGGUUCCUUCCGAUGGAGUCAGAUUUUAACAUGC